CUGAGAGCAGAGAGGACGCUGUGUGUCCUGAUGUAAAAGUGAAGCUCCUUUUUUGACCAAAUCGAGUUCUGACUGUAUUCCGUUAGUGUAUCAUGAACACUGUGUCUACGUAUCCAGGUCUGCAUUGAAGGAUUCAAGUUUGUUUGUUUGUUUAUUUGGAGUAUAAAAAUAAAGUUGAGGAACAAUAAAAAGAAAAAUGUGCUGAAGUGAAAUUUCCUGCAUGGCGGCCAUCUGUGGGCGGAGCCACUUGCUCAACCCUCCUGUGAAAAUCCUCCACCUAAAAGGUGCACUAAGUAAUAUGAUGUUGCCUAACAUACGUCGAUCGCGUGGUCAUAAAAUACAGAUUGCUGUGCUACUUGUUUAGCAAAACCUCGAGAACUCUGAUAUGAUUGGCUUUGGUGACAGUCUGGCCCCGCCCACCAAAUUUGUCCUUUGUAAUCAGCUAAAUGUUUGAAAGUUGUUUUUUGGUAGCAAAAGAAUUUAGUGAAACACAAAACCUUAGCUUCAAUAGUGAGAUAAACAAUUGAAUAGUUCAAACAGAAAACUGUAGAGUUAUUAGCUAGCUAGCUAAUUAGCAUUAACAGGCUCCACUCACUCACUCCCCCCUGACCUGCCACCUUAAAGUACAGGAGGAGUUUGAGUGCCUGAUGAUCCCAGGCGCUAUAUUGCCGGGGGCUUUAUGUCCCUGGUAGGGUCUCCCAUGGCCUCAAAGACAUUCUGACAAACUGCAAAAGUGCCUCAGGACAGUAGGAGGAAUACUUUGAGGACCAGCAGAGCUCUGUUUCCAGUCUACACCAAAUCACACACAUGCAUGAACUGCAAUUAUAAAAGUAGCAUUAAAUUGUAAAACUCUGAUAAAGUGAAGGUACCCUACGACUGCGACCACUGUUACACUUCAGCUGAGAAUUACUCCACUAGAUUUACAUGGAUCAAAGCAGUCAGAAGGAAAUCUCACAUGAUAAAGUGUUAAACAGUGGUUUCUUGAUAAAUGCAGACAUUUCCUGGCUGUAGUGUAGCUGUUGUGGCUGUGAGAAGCAGAUAAGGAACAGGCUUGUAGGCUGGGCCAGCUGAAGACUGCUGCGUCUGAAGAUAACGGAGGAGAGCCCCUUUUAGCCGGCAGCCCCGAGCUGGCAGCAGGACAGUUUAACAACGUCACGGAGGAGAAGCAGCCGCUGGGUUUAAAGGUAACGUCAAGAAAAGAGAGGACUUCACAGAGCCAUGGACGGAGAGGAACAGGCCACAGAAGGGCUGCACUUUGUUGGCAAAAAGGACCAACUGAUUGAAGAGAAACGCUCCUUCAGAACACUUGAGGGCCGUGAUAUCCUGAUCAUCCACCAACAAGGAGCCUUCUACGCUUUAGACAGCUACUGCUAUCAUGCUGGGGGAGCGCUACAGAACGGAGACAUCGAGGAUAUUGAUGGCAAGACGUGCAUAAUUUGUCCGAAGCACAAGUACAAGAUUUGCUUGGCCAACGGGGAGAGUUUAUACAAGGCCACCGACCCCACGCAGGAUCCUCCGGCGCCCAGGUGGUACUCCAAAGGCGUGAAGCAGAGGACCCACAUGGUCACAGAGACCAACGGGGACGUCUACGUCAAGCUGUCCUACAACCCCGGCUGGGUGGAGUCAGACUUCUACCAAGGAGAAAAGGGCAAAGUGGAGAGAGCCAAGGCAGAGGCGGCAGACAAGGCCACAUCCUGACACUGUCUUUCUUCCUCAACCGAUCCCCUCUCACUGACUGAAUAAAGAUGUUUAGUGCUUAUUGCUGAUACGUUCUCAUUUCAUGCAUUUCAAGCUAUCGGGUGGACGGAAAAUCUCUUAAUUUUGGUGAGUGUUUGGAAUCUUUACAGGCAGAUUUGAGACAUGUCGCCAUGUUUCUGUUUGUUGAUUUGUGCACUUGAUUUAGAAAAGAAACUUUUCUCGACCUGAAGUUCAUUUUUGAUUCUUCCAUGUCAAACUGGACGGUGUGUCCUGAUGAAUAUCAAAAAAAUCAGUGAUAGGAAAGACAAAACAAAUACUGACCCUGAAGUGAAUAACUGUUGUCAUAAAACCUGAAAAGAUAACAGGGCUCAAACGGGUGCGUCAUUUCACAAUGCAUUGUGGGUCGUGGUUGCCAUUUUCACAGGCAUCUGCUUUCGUUGACAUCGUGCAGGUACAGACGCUGUACUAUCAGAGACACUCAAACAUUAGAUAAACAUGGAUGCACUGAAGAAAACAAUGGAUGGACUGUAGAUAAGCUGGACUCUGUUAUGAACCACGAAACCAUGAAAAAAAUGAAAUAGAAUGGAGUCAUUUCAGCACAUUUAUUGGACAAUAAAUUUAACCCAUGCAGUGUUUUUUUCUCAAUUUGCUCAUUUGCAGUUUUAACCUUUUGUAGAUAUUAAAGAGAGAGAGUCAUUUCUGGAGGUACAAUGAAU